GUAUGAGAACCACUGAUUUUGUGGGUUGCUCUGCCCGCCCUAUCUAUGAAUUGUGAUUUUGAGCUUAGACGAAAAGCAGACGACAGUCGACCGACUGAUUCAUAUACACUUACUGACGCUUACGUAAGGUGUAUACAAAGCACGUGUUUUCUUGCCGGCUUACAUCAUCCAUGUUCAUGCUUCAUUAUGAACGGUGCAAAUUCUGAAGCGCACGUACAAUUUGAAGUAUUUAAUAUUUUAUAAUAAUUGUCGUAAAUAUCGAUCGUCAUGAGUACAUGGAGUUUUCUACGCCGAGAAGUCUUCACGCACAAUACGAGAUAAUCUUUUCAAUCAGUGGCCACUAUUUUCCUUUAUCAGCUCAAUGACGUUUCUUAAAAUCUCGACACUUCUGAUCGGAUCUUUAGACGCCGAAGAAAAGCAAAAAUGUUCCAUGAGCAAGAAAAAACCGCAGGGAAUCUUUCGAAAAAGGAUGUUUUGUUCACGUCAUUUAUCUCAGGUGCUCUUGCAGGGAUUGUUUGUGACGUGACACUUUAUCCAUUGGACACUCUUAAAACUCGCUUACAAAGCCAGCAUGGAUUUUUUCAAUCUGGUGGCUUUAAACAUUUGUACAAAGGUAUAGGUCCUGUGAUACUAGGAUCUGCGCCAUCAGCUGCUAUAUUUUUUAUAACUUACGAGGGAAUAAAACAGUAUUCACAACCAUACAUAUCAGAUCAGUAUCACUCUAUUAUACACAUGAUUGCAGCAUCAUCUUCUGAAAUGACAGCCUGCUUGAUUCGUGUACCAGUAGAGGUGAUUAAGCAACGAAGGCAGGCACUUUUGUCUGACCCACAUCGAUUAAGAUUAAGGACAUUAUAUCGGGGCUAUGGAAGUACUGUCUUGCGGGAUCUGCCGUUCGGUGUGAUUCAGAUGCCAUUGUGGGAAUAUUUUAAACUUUAUUGGUCUCGACACAUGCAGCACGAGUGCACACCAUUUGAAGGUGCUGUAUGUGGAGCUGCGUCAGUUGCUAUAUCAGCUGCCAUAACGACGCCGUUAGACGUCGCAAAGACUAGAAUUAUGUUGUCCAGUACCUCGGCCGAGAAGGAAGAAGUUAAAAUUUCCACAAUGUUAAAAGAGGUCUACAGAAGUAAUGGCGUUAAGGGAUUGUUCGCUGGUUUUAUCCCAAGAGUAACUGGUUUUACUAUUGGUGGAUUCAUAUUCUUUGGAGUUUAUGAACAAGCCAGAGAAUUUUGUAUAUCCUACUUUUCGCAAUGAUUGCGAAUAGCCAAAAAAUAGAUAAAAAGUUAACUUAUUGAAGUAAUAAUUUUUACGGAUACUGUGUAGCAGAUCGGCAAUAUCCGGAGUUAAUGUCGAAAGGUAAUUAUAAGUUAAUAAAAUUGAUCAAAAUAAAUUCUUUAUUUACUCGUCUAACAAGUAUUAAAGCUUAAGAGAUCACAUUUAUCAGUUUUCAGCCUCUCAAGAAAUUUUGGGGAAA